UUAUUGUAAAUAAUUAUAUUUUAAUUAUAAAAUAUAAAUAUAAAUAAUUAAUAAAAAUGGGUGAUGAAGACCAAGGAAUAUCAUGUUUAUUUAUAACAGCAAACGUUGGAUCUAUAUUUGAAGAUCCAGAAAAUAUGUUAGAAAUAUGGAUAAAUGAAUUUAUAAAAGUAGUAAAAAAACUAAAUCCAAAAAUGAUAGCUUUACAUUGCCAAGAAGUUGGUGGUAAAAAUUAUGAGAAUUCAAUGAAACAUGUUGAACAUUUUAUUAAAUUGCUAUUAGCUACUGAUGUAAUUCAUACAAAUUAUGAUAAAAUACGAAUUUAUUUGGACGAAGAUUACAGUGCAAAAGAUCAUUUUACGGCACUGGGUAAUUUUUAUUUGAUUCAUGAAUCAGUCAAUAACAUCAAAUAUUACGAUUUUAAAGAAAGUGCUUACAUAAAUGUUGAUCAAGGUCAACAAAUCUAUUCCGGUAAUAUUGAAUCAAUACCAACCAAAAAUAAAGCCAAAUUUCCACAGCAUUUCUUUCCAGAGUUUAAAUGGUCGCGUAAAGGUUACAUGAGAACACGUUGGUUAAUAAAUAAUACAAUAAAUAUUGAUUUAAUAAAUGUCCAUUUAUUCCAUGAUGCAUCGAAUUUUGUUGCAAUGGAAGAAUAUCCGUCAGUUUAUUGUAUGAAUAGACGACGUGCAUUAUUACAUAUCUUAGAACAAAUCAAUAAUGAUCAUCAUCCUAAUAUACCAUUCUUUAUAUUUGGUGAUUUUAAUUUUAGAACUGACACGAAUUCUGUUGUCAAAAAAUUGACUGAUGGUUUAAUAACAAAUCGAAUACAAAAUGCAAAUGAUAAUAAUAAAACCAAAUUACAAUAUUUUAAUACAGAUCAACAAUUAAUUUUAACUGUUGGUAAAAAAGAAUUUACACAUUUACAACAUCAGAAUGUAUUUUUAAAUCAACAACAACAACAUAAUGAUCAAAACAAUGAUGAUCCGAAUCAAUUGAAUCAACAAAUAUCAUGGUUGAAAUCAAUGGAUAAAGAAUUCGAUGCAUUUGAUACAACAUUAUAUGAAUAUCCAGUAACAUUUCCACCAAGCUAUCCGUUUGUUGAACAAGUCGUCGAUGAUAAAGAUACUGUAUCAUCCUACAUGCAUACAAGAUGCCCGUCAUGGUGUGAUCGUAUUCUAAUAUCAAAUACAGCUAAAUCAAUAAUCAAUGAGAAAACCAAUGUUGAAUAUAAUAUGAUUGGUUUAAAUACAUGUAUGGGUGAUCAUAAGCCAAUAUAUUUAAAUAUAGAAUUGAUAUCAACAAAUAAUAACAAUAAC